AUGGCACCUACCACAGACAUAUUUAGCUCAUUGCCUCAAUCUAUACUCUCCACCAUUGUUUCCUUGAUUCCUUUCAAGGAAGCGGUAAGAACCUCAAUCCUCUCCAUAAGUUGGAUAGACAUUUUUAAGUUUACUUCCAACGUAGAAUUUGAUGAAGCAUUUUUUGUGAAAGAUGACCAAACUUAUCGAAUCAGGCAAUCCCAAAGAAAAGCUUUUUUGAAGUUCAUGUCACUUUGGAUUACGAAUCACACAGAAACUAUCGUGAACAAGUUUUCUUUAAGAUUAUCAACGCCUGGAAAAGCUAAGAGGGUUGUGAGAAAUUGCAUUUCAUUCGCCACAAAAUAUGGGGUGAAGGACUUGGAGUUGGAUUUUUGUGAUCCAAAGUUCGAUUGUUAUUUCACUACUAAUCAUAUUAAUCAUGAGGCCUUGUUUGAAUUGCCACCGCAUGUUUAUGUUCACACUUGCCUCGAAUCCUUGAAGUUGUUUUCAUGCAGCUUUGUUGAGACUAAGUUGAUUUACUUUCAUACACUCAAAGAAAUUUCUUUGGGUUGGAUGGAAGUGAAACUCAGUACUAUUAAGACCUUGUUGUCAAAUUGUGAGGCACUUGAGAGUUUAAGUCUCAAGAGGUGUUGGAAUUCAGAUGAUUUUGAUCUAGGAGACGAGAGUCCAAGGUUGAGAAAGUUGGUGGUGGAUAGAUGCUUGUUUAGAUCUAAUAGCCGUUAUUUUAUAGUCAAUGCUCCAAACCUAAGCUAUUUCUAUUAUUCCGGGUUGAACAAUAAUUUUUUGGUCAUGGAUGUGCGUUCUCUUGUGAUGGAAGAGGAAAUUCUUGACUUCUCCAUUGAGUUCGAAGGACAUGCUCUUUUUCUCUACAAACUGGUGGAAGAUCAUAUCUCUGGUGUUAGUGUUUUGACAGUGUGUAAUUACUUCCUUCAGGUUAUUCCCACAGGAGGAUGCUUCCUCCGAAUGCCAUGUCAAUUGUAUGUGAGGAGUUUGAUAAUGAAGACCUCUUUGGAUCAAGAUGAGUUUUUAGGAAUCACGUUCUUACUUAAUAGCUGCCCUGAAUUAGAGCAUCUCACUAUGGAAUUGGGUCUCCCACAAAAAUUUUUGGAUUAUGAGUUACCAGAGAACUUUAAUCCCAAGAGGUUUUGGACAGAUCAUGCAAGGGAUUAUAAAUGCAUGGUAUAUACUCUUAGGGAGAUAGAGAUUAAGGGCUUUACAGGAUCAAAGAAUGAGAUUUGCGUGCUUACCUAUUUCAUUACUACUGGGAGAGUCUUGAAAAAGAUAACUAUCAACAUAUCAAAGGAUGCCAUUAUCGAUCAGUAUGGGAGGUUCGAUUCUUACCUCAGUGGCAUGAUAGAUAUGUUAAUGAAUCAAAGAGCUUCAAAAUAUCUAGAGAUUUUGAUUUUUUGA